AUGAAGACUGCCGUUGCUGCACUCGCUGCUGCUGCUGCAGUUGUUUCUGCUAUUCCUAACGGAGGCAUUCCUAUUGAUGCCAAGAUCGCCUGUGAGAAACCCAACGUCAACUUCUGUUUGGAUGACACGACCCUCGUGGUAUGCGACGCCAACAAGGUUGGCACUCGCACUUUCUGUCGUGAGAGUCUUAUUCCAUCGCCUCCUGCAAGUGGAAUUGGCUUGUGCUGGCAGAGUUCGAAAGACGCCGACGAUGCGGCUUGCCAAAAGGCCUGCGUCGUCUAUCAUCCAACUCAAUACACCAUUCCCGCCGCCCUAUGUAACCCUACGUACAUCCCGACGGAGGUUCCCAGGUCCCCUACCUUUGGGACUCCUACUCACACCGCUAGCAUUUCCGUGGGAACCUCGACAACACAAGGUCCUGUUUCAUCCAGCACUUCCACAUCAGGAGUCAUGAGCAUCCCGGAGGGCACCAGCCUGGGAACUGCCACUGUCCCCCAUACCACUCACAGUGAGCCGACCAACCCGACGGUGCCGACACGUACCUCGACUGGUACCUGGUCGCCUACCGGAUCCGAUGAUUGCCCUGCUCCUACAGGCACUGCUACUCCCACUGGAAGGCCCAGCAGCAAUACGACGUCUCAUACCACUUCCGACACGGCUAUCCCGACUGCUGGUGCCAGCACCAACCAUGUCAUUGGAGCCCUCGCAGCCGCUGCCCUUUUCGCUGCCUUCUUGUUCUAA